AUGGGAGAGUUUACGUUUCCAGCACUGGCUGCUGGGCCACCCUCGCGGAGGAAUUGGUACAAGGAAUUGCUUGACGAUCCGCAGUGUGCUGGAAAUCCUGCGCGCGUUCAGGAGGCAUAUGAAACUCAUCGAGAGGCAUACGGCCUAAAUCAAUGCAGAGCAUUUCUAGCUGCGGGAAUGAACCCAGUGACUCCGGACCAAGCGCUUAUCAAGCACCUGGAGAGGGAAAGGAGACGCAAUGCCAGCAAGAAUGGACCUGUCGACCUAUCUAACGACCUGGAUGGACAGGAUGUCAACUGCCUCGUGAUCUGGGCACGACCUCCACCACAGAUCAUCACGCUCAUUCAAAACCUUCAGCAGCGAAUCGCAUCUCUCGUCGGACCGGAUAUUUAUCUGAUACCAUCCAAGGAUCUCCAUCUCUCCGUCAUCGAGCUCUCGCACCGACACUCAGCCCCGCAUCUGCGCGCGGUCGAAAACGAGGUCGAAGUCUCCCGAAUUCAGCAAAUCCUCAAUUCCGUCUCGAACCUCCCCAGAAAGCCUAGACUCAUAUCUCCACAGCUAAGUUUCGACAAGAUGGGAAUUGCGUUAAACUUCAUUCCGACGAAGGAAGACCCAUAUACAUACCACCACUUGAGGAGCGAUAUGCAUGCUCUGGCUUUGGAGAGCGGAGUCAGCAUCGAUAUGUGUUAUACGGCGCCUUCAGCGCAUGUAACGCUUGGCCGAUUCAUUGGAAAUGCCUUCUUUGAAGGUCCAGAGGGGAGGAAGGAGUUCGCGACCCUCGUUGGGGAGAUCAACGAGGAACUGCGAGACUCCGAUGUGCCAGAAUGGGUCGUGGGUAAGAACACUGGCUUGGAAUUGCAGCUCGGCUAUUUGAAGUUUGGGAGAGAAAGAGAGAAGGCGGAUAUGCUUGGUAAAUGUUAA